AUGGAGGACAUCAAUGAACGCAUCGAAGAGAUCAAGAGUUACCUUCACUCACACUUUCCCGCUAUACAAGUAGUGAUGCUAGAAGACUCUUAUGGUGAAACUCCUAUGUCUGAAACCUUCUCUGGAUAUAACCAGGGUCCUUUCCUGAGUCUCUCUUUAGCUGAAAGGCAGACAUGGCGACUGCAGUUUUCCCUUCACAGCGAUGUUUAUGACUUGUAUACUGGGGCAAGUACUCCUCGGGCUAAACAGACUCUAGCCUUUUUUCUUCAUCUGGUGAUCAUACACGAGUUGACUCAUGUUGUCAUGCUCGUGUUCUCAUCUGAACCCACACCUACAAAGUUCUAUGGGAGUAGGCCUUUGGACUCACUCAAUGGCCUUGGGCUUAACACCAGGGGCCAGCAAGUUGAGCGUGGAGAGUCAGGUGCAAGCAUGGAGCAGGUAAUCACUGGAGGAGAAGUGGUCUUAUUGAUGUCACAUGGUCGGCACAUGGCUGACUGUGAUCCCAACUCUGUGGAUGUUGGUAUUGUGGGUUCUACUUCCUUUCAGAUGCUAGCCUUUGGGCAGUGGGACUUGAUCUUGCAACUGCCUACACAAUUCAUUCCAGAUCAUAUUGCUACAGAAGAAAAGUAUUCCAUUUAA